AUGAAAAGAACCUGGGUUCCUGAAGAUGUUGUGCAGCUGCUGAAUCAAACCUUAAAUCCAACCUACUUGUGGACAUCUUGUUUAUCUUUUCAUGCUUUGCUUAAAAGUAGCAAAGUGUGCAGACUCCCUACAAAGUGUGCAGUGUUUUUGAUAGUUAUGUUCAAGACCUUUGCUACAUUGAGCAAAGAUUAUUCUAGGCUGUUAGACCAAUUUGAAGUAAGUAGUAAGCCAAUAGUAAGUGAUGACCAAUGUGAGUAUGAGGCAAAAGCAGGUGUGAAAGUUGUCAGGCUCCUGCUCAGAGCUGAAGGCUUUUUUCUCCCGACUGGCAUCUGGAGCCCUCCGCUCCUCAGAACAGGCCUCCAAGAGGGGCAGAAGGGGCCGAGUCUGCCGCAGGGGCUUCUGGGGCUUGUGGUCUUCGAGAUCUGCUCCCUCCUCACUUCCUCCACGAGUGUAAGGCAGGGGGCGCUGGCCAGCAUUUCACCCUGGCUCUGGUGCUCACCUGCGCGGCAGCACUUGGAACCCCGCCCCUGGGGAUGGCGCAGAGUGCCUGCUCUAGGCUGCUCGUGCCCGCUUGAGGGCACCCUCCUCCGCUACAGGAACCAGAAGGCAGGCGGAACUGGCCCUCCACAGCCUUCCAGGGCGUCUUCCCACCGCGCAGGGCCUGGCUUUGUGCUCUGUGGACCACGCAUGCCUUUCCCGUGCCUUGGGUUUGGACCUGAACUCGCAGUAUUCGCAGGGACAGAAGCCAGGAUGGAUGUUCAAAAAUGGUAUUUGAGAACUUCAAAGCUGGCUCUGGCCUUGGCAAUUAUCCGCUCAAAACCGGCAGACAAAAGCAGCAGAGAAUACACAGAACACCUUGCUAUGUUGCUGUCUGAGGAGUCGUCGAAAUGGAGAUCAAAAGUUGAAGUCUUGGAAGCUGAAGUUUUGCAAUUACGUCAAAAACUUCUUAUGAGCAGGAUUUGUUCAGGAUUUUUUAAGAGUGGAAACCUGUCUUCCCAGUUGGAGGCUCAGGAACCUAAGAGUUCUGAAAGUACAUUAACUUUGAUGGAAGAUUCUGGGUGUGAUUUGUCAAGUGAGCAGAGAACUGAACCUUCAAACCUGUCCCAGCACUUUUUGGAAAGCUGUACCUCUACUCACUUUCCACAACUUCCUCUUGUGAAAAAACCUUGUGCUAUCCUGAAAAAUCCUUUGUCUUCUCACAUGCAAUUCUUGCAAUAUCUACUUGAACUGAAGAACUUGACAGACUCAGGUAGUCUUAAAAGAGACUUAACCCACUUUGAAAAAGACUAUUCCACAGUCUCUGAUUCUGUUUUUCAGUUGCUGGAUGGCCUGAUCACUUUUUACCAUAAUCCCAAACUUCCUUUUUCAAGAUUUUGGACAGAAGCUGUUGGUACUUUAGCUAGUCUGAUCAGUGACAACAACUUAUCUAAUCAUAUUCUUAAAAAGUGUUCAAAGAAGUUGGAAGAAUUUGAGAAAACCCUACUACAUGCUAUUUUAGGAAACAAUCAUAUAAAUCAGUUUCAGGUGCAGCAUUAUGUCUCCCAGAGUCUGGUAACCCUGGGAAAUUGCAGCUUGUUGAGAAAAUCUAUUAUAUCUCUGCUUCUAUCAGAAGUUAAUGGCUUUGCCGAGGAUCUGGGAGCCAUCAGUCAGGUCCCUGAUCUCACAAGGAACACAACUGGUUGAAACUAAAUGAGAAACGUGUAACAACAUUUUGUAGUAAUGAUAAGAGGAACAUAGCUACAGCCCAGUAUGAAAGCAUUAAACUAUUAUGUAAAAGUAUCUCUAACAUUUUCUGUUUGGUUUCAUGUCUAGGGCACAAAAUUAUCUUUUUAAUAUCUUGGCACAUGAACCUGAUUUUUAUUUAUAAUCCGUAAUUCUGAGAGGCUUAAUAGUGAAGUAGCAAUUUUCUCUAAAAUGAAAUCUGUUUAAUGCUAAUAAAACUGUAUUUACUUUUGCUGCGACUAGGAAUCAACUCAAGAUAUAAAUGUCUAUUUUCAUUAACUAUUAUAGGUUGGUAAAUUUUUGUACUUUAAUUAUGAUAUUGAAGCAGUAUAAUAUUUCUCACUGAUAGAUUUUCAAGUACUAUGUGAAAAGCUCUUUCCUAUCAUCCAUAGAUCAGUCUCUAUAGAUUGAAUAGGACCCAAAAAAGUAAAUUCAACAGAAAUAUGUGAAUGUGAACUUAUUUAAGAAAAAGGUUUUUGAAGAAAUAAUUAAAUCAAAGCUCUCAAGAUGAGAUUAUCCUGGACUAGAGUUGGUCCUCUAUCCAAUGGCAAAUGUCUUUUUAAGAUGAAGAGUAGGUGUGGAGACCAGCACAGAGGAAAAUGCUGUGAGAAGAGCCUUUUUGCAGGGAUUUGGGUUAUUCCACCACAAGACAAGAAAUUACUGAAGCCUCCAGAAUCUAGAGGAAGCAGGGAAAACUUCUCUGGAGUCUUUGAAGGAAGUAGAGCCCUGCCAACGCAUUGAUUUCAGACUUCCGGCUUCCAGUACUGUUAGAGAAUAAUUUUUUGUUGUUUCAGUCCAUGAAGUUUAUGGUAAUUUAUUAUGACAACUUUAGGAAGUAAAAGAGUUCUGCAUACCAGGACAAAUCUUUGAAGCUGGGUAUGGGAGAAAAGCUAUCCUGUGUUGGAAUCACACAUUUUGAGAGUCUUACUCAGAGACUGAAAAUUAAGUAACAUAAGCUCCUAGCUCUGGUACUUCCUGCUGAUUUUUAAAUGUCUUUCUGUCAUGUAUUUUUUUAAAUUAAAAUGAUGAUAUUUUAAAAAUAA